CAGCUCUGGGCUGUCAUGGAGCACAUCUGCAGGCUGGUGGACGGCAUCCCCCUGCAGCAGCUGCAGGGGCUGUCCUGCGCCAGGGACCUCCUCCAGCAGCGGGAGCUCAGCUCCCUCCUCUCAAAGAUCCUGUCCAGAGCCAAAGGCUCUGCUGCCUGCUCCAGCCCCGCCAGCUUCCCAGUGGCAGCAAAGAACCAUCCAGACCCAGCGGCCAGGAGCCCCGCACUGGAGCGCUUCAGGGGCACGAGGUUUCCCCACUCUGAGGAAAUGAUGAAGGUGUUUCACAGGAAGUUUGGCUUGCACUGCUUCCGGACCAACCAGCUGGAGGCCAUCAAUGCAGCUCUCCUGGGUGAAGACUGCUUCGUCCUGAUGCCCACGGGUGGUGGUAAGAGCUUGUGCUACCAGUUACCAGCGUGUGUCUCUGCUGGAGUCACCAUUGUCAUCUCCCCCCUGAGGUCGCUGAUCAUAGAUCAAGUUCAGAAACUGAAGACUUUAGAUGUGUGUGCCAGCAGCCGCCUGAUGUCAGCCCUGGAGAACCUCUACGACAGGAAACUCCUGGCACGUUUUGUCAUCGACGAGGCCCACUGUGUCAGCCAGUGGGGUCACGAUUUCCGCCAAGACUACAAACGCCUGAACAUGCUCCGCAAGAAGUUCCGCUGCGUCCCCAUGAUGGCCCUCACGGCCACUGCCACCCCCAGGGUGCAGAAGGACAUUCAGAAUCAGCUCGAGAUGCUCAAGCCACAAGUGUUUACAAUGAGCUUCAACAGACACAACCUGAAAUACGAUGUGUUACCCAAGAAGCCAAAGAAGGUGGCAAUGGAUUGCUUGGAAUGGAUUAAAAAAUACCACCCCCAUGACUCUGGAAUUAUUUAUUGCCUUUCACGCCACGAGUGUGACACCACAGCAGCUAUUCUGCAGAAGGAGGGUCUGACUGCCCUCGCCUACCACGCCGGCCUCACCGACGCCAACAGGGACCUGGUGCAGAAGAAAUGGGUUAAUCAGGAAGGGUGCCAGGUCAUCUGUGCCACCAUUGCCUUCGGCAUGGGCAUCGACAAGCCCGACGUGCGCUACGUCAUCCACGCCUCCCUCCCCAAGUCCAUCGAGGGCUACUACCAGGAGUCGGGCAGGGCUGGCCGAGAUGGGGACAUGUCUCACUGCCUGCUCUUCUACAGCUACAGCGACGUCACCCGGCUCAGGAGGCUCAUCCUGAUGGAGAAAGAUGGGAACAGUCACACCAGGCAGACCCACUUCAACAACCUGUACAGCAUGGUUCAUUACUGUGAGAACGUGGUGGACUGCCGGAGGAUUCAGCUUUUGGCCUACUUUGGGGAAACUAAUUUCAAUCCCACCUUCUGUAAAGAACACCCAGAAGUCAUCUGCGAUAACUGCAGCAGAAACAAGGAUUACAAAUCAAGAAAUGUAACAGAUGAGGUGAAGAGCAUUAUAAGAUUUGUACAGGAGCAUUGUGGACAAACGAGACGAAUUAGUGCCAAGGGGAAUACAGGUUCUGGAAGAUACACAUUGAAUAUGAUGGUCGACAUUUUCCUCGGUAAGACGAGUGCGAAGAUUCAGUCAGGAAUAUUUGGGAAGGGAGCUGCCUACUCGAGGCACAACGUUGAAAGGCUGUUCAGGAAGCUGGUCUUGGACAAGAUUCUGGAUGAAGACCUGUACAUCACGGCCAACGACCAGGCUGUAGCCUAUGUGAUGCUGGGAGAGAAGGCUCAGGCUGUGCUGGACGGGGCACUACAGGUGGAGUUCCAUGAAACAGAAAGUGCCAGUGCCAUCAGAAAGCAAAGGGCUUCCAUGGCAAAGAUGUCCCAGCGGGAAGAGAUGGUUAAAAAGUGCCUUGGGGAACUUACAGACACGUGCAAAAUGCUUGGGAAGGUCUUCGAUGUGCAUUACUUCAAUAUUUUCAAUACUUCAACCUUGAAGAAAAUAGCAGAAACCCUGUCAUCUGAUGUGGAGAUUUUACUGCAGAUUGAUGGUGUCACAGAAGACAAACUGGAAAAAUAUGGUGCAGAAAUAAUUAAAGUGAUGGCUAAGUACUCGGAGUGGACCCUACCAGAAGAUGCCACCUGCCCCAGCGUGGACACAGCCACGGGGAGCACCAGCACUCCUGAGAGCGGCGAGGAAGCACAGGAGGCAGUUACAACCUCCAGCUAUUUUUCAAAUAAAGCAAACCAAAGGAAGAAAAGGAAAAGGCCACCCAACUUCAGAGAAUCAAAGAGGAAGAAGAUGAGCAGUGGUGGCAACCAGCAGUUCCACCCCAGAGGGGGCUACAGCAAGUUCCGGAGGAGCAAGCGGCCG